AUGGUUAAUGUUUUCAAUGCGGGCUUUUUGACGAUCUCCUCAAGGAGUUUGUCGUGGACCCCGUAUCCUAAGUGGGCACUUCGCUGCCUCUUAUGGCUCUGGCUGUGUUGUACAGUGGGCUCCGUGGGCUCGGACAACCCCACAGGCUCAGGCCGGGAGCUCCUCCAGCGACAGAAGUUCCUCGCGGGACAGUUUCACCAUCUGGGGGCUCCAACCCUGGCAGGGCUGGACAAUGCCAUCUACCGAUCCGGGAGAUUGCGCUUCCGGCCCAUCGGUUCCAGCUGUGGCGAGCCUGGCUCCAGCAUCAUGGACGCAGCUGUCCAGCCGCCCUGUGUGGGCAACAUCUGCAAUGGCCCUGCCAGUAGGGUUGGGGAUCUGGCUGUUUGGGAGGAUGUCCGAGUUUCGCUUGUUGGAGUCUACCAGCUGUGCUGGUGCAGACCCACGCUGACAUGCCAGCUGCUUAACACGUGCUGCCGGGAUGAUGCCUCCUUCGGCGAGGCGGCAGGGGAAGUUGAGGUAGUCGGCCCAGCCUGGGUCACUGUCUCGCCCGUGCUUGGGCAGGGAUUCCGCUUCGAAGUGGCGCACCCAGAGGCUCUGCCGGGUUCGCAGGUGCUGCUGCGGCUGAGAGAUCGUGGAGGCCCCUGUGGAUUACCACGCGACGAGGCGGAGGAGCGAUCCUCGGUUCUUCGGGUCCAAUCCGGAAUCGAGGAUGAAGAGCUCCCACUUGCGACGCCUGCGGAUCUGGCUGCCAGCUUGAACUUGACUGGAGAGUUCUCGGACUUCUAUGUCGCAUACUUGUACAGGCAUCUGGCUUACACCGUUUGCUGGUGUGCUCAGUAUUGUUUCAAGCCUGAAGAUGGAAGCAUCAAUGAGGAUUCUUUCGGGGCCGAGGUAGGCGUAUUUUAUCCGAGAGGCCCCGACACCGAGAACAUGGCUCCGCAGUACGCGGUGGCUGGGGUCUCUUUCGCACUCUAUGUGCAGGGCGACCGUCUGUCUGUGAAGGACCGGAUCCUCGUGCCCGAAAGCGGUACGCUGUGUGGCGAUCCCGACACAGCACAUGCCUUGGCAUUCCGCUCCUACAUCUGCGGGCGAGGCCAAACUUCCUGUGUUGCGACCCCGGCGAACGGGCCACCCACAUCCUUCGAGAACAUGGCGGACAUGGUCGGGGAGGCCGGGCUGAGCUUCCAGCGCGGUGGCUGGGAACCGGUGCAGAUCGAUACCCCUGGCACCUACCGCAUCUGCUGGUGUGUGGACGACACGUGGGACCCGGUGAAGCUUGAGAGCCACGGUUACUGCGGCUCGGGCUUCCAGUAUGGUGUCCAAGCUGGCCUGGUCAUUGUCCAAGGGGCCCUUGGAGAUCAGAACUUCCCGUGCACUUCCUUCCAGUCCUGUGACUUCGAGGUGAUCUCGGAGCUGCCGUUUGAUCCUGAAGACCAGAUUCUGAUCGUCGCUCCACCUCCCACUGCCACUGACUCGCUCGCGACCAUCUGUGGCCGUGGGACUUCGGGCAUGCAGGUUCGAGUGGCGGAGUCUUAUGCUGUAUAUCCCAGCACCACGACCUUGCCCAGCGAAGAGGAGAACACGACCACGCCUGCACCUCUGGAGCCUCUGCAUUAUGUGGGCAAGUUCCAUCUGGACUCCUCUGGGCAAGCUGGCCUCUACAGGGUAUGUUACUGCAAAAACUCUGAGAUGGGACCAUGCAAUGAUGCUGUCGCAUUCGCGCAGUAUGCCGGCAUUGUGAACAUCACGGGCGAGAUCCGGCACGACGAGUCAACUGCGCUGCAUCAAAGCUGUUUGGCCUCCAGCCCAUGCCGCUUCAACGUGACCGGAGUCUGGGCAAUGCAGCUCAGCUUCUACGAUUCUUUCAAAGCUGUGCCUUUGGAGAAGGAGUGUGGAGAGGUGGCGGAUUCCUCCAGCUACCCCACGUUCAGCCUACUCCGGAGGAUCGAGCUCGUUGACUCGUGGGCAAGUGAGUUUGCGCACAAGGCAGGCGCAGAGACGCUGUAUGGCACCGGGGACUACCGGCUGUGCUUCUGCCAAUCGUCCUUAACAAGCGACGGCAGGUGUGAUACCUCAGCAGAACACAUUCACGAAAUUGGGAGCCUCUUCCUGGCUGGCUCAUUGUCCUUCAUGGAAUGGAACUGCCGGCAAGGAUCGACAUGUGAGCUUGUGGUCCACGGCUGGCGAGUCGCCCCGGGUGAUGCUGUUCGGCUGGUGCCACUUUCCUUCUCUUGUGGAGAUCCUGAUCCUUCUGAUACAUAUUUAGGAGCAGGCUUCGAUUACAAUCCAGCCAUUGCCGAUCGCGCGACCAACCUCACCAAAGGAGUGCUGCUCCACUUUGAUCUAGGCCGAGCACGUGGCUCCGGAACAUGGCGAGUGUGUUUGUGUGUGGCAUCUGUGGCCAAAAGUGGCGUUGGCUGUGUGAACUCUGCUGACUAUGCGCAACCGGUUGGCGAGCUGAUUAUUGAAGGUCUCCUUCGAUCAGUGACCGCGUCAUCAUCCCAGCCAGCAACGGUUGCCAUUGCAUCGAUUCUGGUAGAGGUCAUCGUGCCGGGUGGAGAGCAGAGCGUGGCAUGCGCAGCUUCCAAUCAGACGCUUGACCAGGCACCGUCGAGCUUCGCGAUCCUGAAUUGCCACAGCAGCAUCCCUGGCUGCCUGGGCCUUGCGAUCCUUCCUUGGCGGGCGGAAGUCGGCUUUAACGUCCUGCACUUGCCCUUCCCUGAGAAUGCGCUUGCGACACCAGGCUCUGCAGCGCGUGCUGCGCAUGUUUGGUGUACGGGAGACAUAUCCCUUUGCCCCACCGGACGAUGCGUCCUGCCGCCAACACCCGAAGGGCGCAGGAUUCCACUGGAUCCGGGUCCAGAUCCCUGGACCACUGUUGCUGCCACCAUCCACCAGCCCCUGGACUUGAAGGUUUACGGAAAUCCGCUGAACGCGCAGGGUGGCUUCCUCAAGGUCGUGUGGCCCCGGGACGGGUGCCCAGAGGUUGGUCGGGCCUGGUCGGAUGCCAUCGUCUCUCCGUUUGAUAUGGGGCGGCCUGUCAUGUCGUCACCACGGCGCUACGUGCAGUGGCAGCGUGAGUCAAUUCCAUUUGCAGGGACGUUCUGGCUGUGUUGGUGUGACCGUUCCUACGGGGCCGAUUGCGCCCUCUGGCAGCACAUCGGCGAAUUGGUCGUUUCCGGUCCGAUGAAUGUCUCGGCCAUUCCGGAAUUUGUGGAGCUACUGGAGGCCUUCAAUGUCACUCUCUCCGGCGUGAAUCUCUCGAACGAGGAGAGGCUCUCGGUGCAUCCGGGCCAGAGCUGCGACCAGGAUGUGGAGCUCUUCAGUCCAGUAAGGGUCUAUGCAGGUGACGCCAAGGCAGAUUUUGAACUGCAAGCGCCACGCUACUCUGGACCCUUCUCCUUGUGCUGGGCACGAGGAAACGUCUCCGUUGGGUCGAUGAAGAUGGGCAUGGGCUACGCCCGAGAGUCACGAGACUGUUUGCUGGGAGGUUGGGAGGCGGUGCCUGGCGAUGAGAUCUUCCGGUUUCCAGCAGGCGACUUCGGCGAGUUUGCCUGCAGCCGGGCCUGUGGCGGGGGCCUCUAUGAGCUGCGUCGCCGCAUCCUUGCCGAGGCCGUGGGUAAGGGCGAGCAAUGCCCGCCGCCAGACAGCCCACUUCGAAGCCGCUUCCAGCCAUGCCACGAAGAGCCAUGUCCCACUGGCGAAGUGUUCAGCGCGCGCACGCACCCAGCUUGGGUGAAGCCGGGCGACGUGUUCCAGAUCCUGGUGGAGGGGGCACAGCUCGACCCACUGGAGGACAAGUUGGUCCUCGUAAUCGGAGGGGAAGAUGCAGAGUGUGGCCAGGUCGAGUCCAACCUGACACUGGCAGAGGGAGGCGCGGGCGAGACAAAUGACUCGGAGUCGGGAGCUGAAGCGAGGAAUGGCACUGAUGCUGUCGCAGUUGAGCUGACGCAUGUCUUGCGCGGUGGAGGUGCGUCGUGCCAGCGUCCGGCCAGCAACAGCACUCAUCUUGAAUGCGGUGAUGGCAUCGCAAGCCUCAUGAUUCCGAUUGCGGGGACUUAUCGCCUCUGCAUCUGCGACGCCUCCGAAGUGGAUCCCGGGUUCAUCAAUGUUUCAGGUUCGCUCGUUGCGAGUCGUGAACGUUGCAGCCGACUUGAAGAUUAUUCGCUCACACCCGGCAACGGCUCUUUGGUGGAGAUUACGGAGUCUCAGACGGUGGUGAAGGACAGUACGGUUGUGGAUGCCGUCUUGGGAGAGCUGCUAGACGACCACAGGAGUGGCAGGGCUGACCUGAUCUUCAUCGUGGGUCUCAUUGCCGCGUCGAUAUUGUACUGUCUCGCCGUAUUCUGCGCCUGCUGGUUCUGGAGGUACAGGUGGCGAAAGCGAGCUGCAUGGAGGAGGAUGGGCUCUGGCCUGUUCGCCAAUUCUUUGGUUGCCAAAGCGACCAGAGCCGCAUGGGAGGCGUACACGCGAACCAUUGCUGAGCAGGCUCAAAUCUCGUCCGGCGUGGAAGAAGAACCUGACUUGAAGGAGGUCCAGGGAGUCCAGGGCGAGACCACCCCACGCCAGAGCACGCCCUUUCAGGACACACUGACACCACCGGGCACGGGCUACUCGUUGAAGAGCGGCUCCUCCAUGUUCAGCGGCUCCACGAGCAGCACACGAUCCACUACGCCAGGAAACCACCCCUCAUUGCUCAAAGUGUCGCUGAACAGGGACCCGUGCUGCCCCUUCUCCCCGAAGCAGGCAGGCGGCUCCUUCUUGGACCUCCCUCUAGCAGGGCGAGGCAGCCGCCCUGGCACCAGCCCCUCUCGGCCAAACUCCGGGGCCACGACGCUGCGUGUCGCUGAGGAGUCGCCAAGUCCAGUGGUGAAGCAGGAAUCGCCUGAAGGCGAGCGGACGCCACCAGAUGCGGAGGAGGCCUCUCCUCCAAGUGCCCCUUCGAGGACGCUAGAGUUGCAGCUGCCGGGCUUGGAAAAGAAGCUGGCGAAGCUGAAGCGCCUCAAGGAGGAGUAUGACGAAAGUUCGUCUUCUUCGGACGCAAGCCCUCUGCGCGAGGCCCCCGUGAAGGGCCUCGUCCCGGCUCCACCAAACAUGGCGCCACCCACCUUACCAGGGCAGCUUGCUGGUGCUUCGUCUUCGGAACGACCAGCCACAGCGCCAGAGGCCGCUCCAAGCGAGUCUCCCAGACCAUCGGAGGUACCCCCCGCUCCCAUCAAGCAAGUGCCCUCGUUAGCGAUGCUGAAGCAACUUCCGCCGCCUCCGCCCCUGAAGCUCAGGAAGGCUCAGGAGGUGAAGGAGGCGCCACCGCCGGCGGCGGCCCACGCGGAAGCACCCGACGAGGUGCACGAGGAGGCCACCUUGCCGAGGGAGGCUGUGCUGGAAAUCUCUCCAGAGCCGGAUUUCAUCCCUGUGCAGGUGGAACCUGAGAAGAUGGAGGAACUGGACGGGCCUCCACCACCUCCUGCGACCGUGCAAGUGGAGCCCGUGGAGCCAGUGGAGCCUGUGGAAGUGGAGGCAGAGAAGCCGGUGGAGGUCGAGCUCCCUGCCGCGCCGGAGACCAGGAGCCUGGCGGAAGAGGCAGAGCCGGCAGAGGCUGAAGAGGUCCAAAAAGAGGUCCCAGAAGUGGUCCAGGAAGAGGUCCGAGAACCAAAGAAGGAUGAGUCUCCGACCUCGCAGCCGAAGCUUUCCUCCUGGCUCACAGACAUGAGGUCUCGCGUCGCCAACAAGACGGGCGAAGCCAAGGACCAGGCGAGUGCUUCCACAAAAGCGCCGGCCACGUCGAAGUUUGCGCCAUCCUCUGGCCUUCGCACUCAGAGGAUCGCCAAGAAACCGGAUCCGGGCAGCGAGGCAUGUAAAGUUCCACCGCUUCCUCUCUCCCCGGAGCCAUCGACCAAGCAGGAGGCCACGCCAACAGAAGGACCAGAAGUGCAGAGAACGGAGUUCGAGGAAUGUCCGCAGAUCAAGAGGUGCCACUCCUCGAGCCGGCAGCUGGAAGGACCAGCAAAGUCCCGAGAGUCUGUCGAAUCAGGACGCUGUUCCGAAGGCAGUGGCGAGCUUCCGAUGGUGGAGAAGGCGACCUCCGAGGUGCCCACCGAGCUCGAGACCCCGCUGCCGCCAGAACUGGCCCCAAAGCGUGGACGGAAUCUCCCAACAGGAAACUGGCAGGACACCCAGGACAAGCUCCAAAAGGAGUGGUACGCGAAGUUGGCCGCCGGGGUGGACGACAAUGAGAAGCCGCGGCGGGGCAAGGCUUCCCUGAGAGGAGCUGCAACGGGGUCGCGGCGAGCGGGCGCCUCCUUGCGGGGCGCCGCCUCGGCCUCCGCCAGCGCGGCGGGCAGCCACAUGGGCAGCCGGCAACCGAGGUCAAGCGCCCUCCCGCUCAUCGCAGUCGCCGGCCAUGUCGCCCAGGGCCGGCACUUUCUGGGCCGGGUCGGCCGCCGCGAGCUCCAGGGCCGCCCUUGGGACCGCCUGGACCUCCCCGUGGUCAGGGUGAAAUUCGGGAGGCGGUUCAGCACGCUGACCGUCCCUGUCUUUGUAUUUCCCUACAGCACGCUGCUAAGCAGCUUCUGCUGGUGCCAGAUCUUGCUCAGUUUUUUUACACAAAUCAAAAGCAGCCGCCCAAGCUUCGGCAACAUGUCAUAUUCCCUUUGCGCUGCUUUGUCUUAUCGGAAUGGUAGCGGCUUGGCCCUCCCGCCGUGUCGGAUCACAGCUUUUUUCCGGGGAGGUUGGCAGCAACUCUGUGAUGACCUCUCCAAUUUCAGACAGAACUUCCUGCCAAGAGUGUUGACGGCGCACAGUGCCAUAGCUUACGACUGUCGUGAUGUGGAGCCUUGCAGUCAGUUUUCAGCAGCCAAGACCAGGUCUGUGGAGCCAAUGGACACCGCACCAUGCAACCAGAUGGUUUCCGAGGUUGUAGUGAAGCGCCCCAGCUUGCGAAAGCGCUCAUCAGGCGACGAUCUUGCGUUUCAACGCCGGCUGUCGUGGAAGGAUCUCGCGAACUCGAGGCCCUCUGAUGGGUCCCCCAAGCGGGACAUCAGCGACGAGUUUGCAUUCCAGCGCCGGCUGUCGUGGAAGGAUCUCGCGAACUCGAGGCCCUCUGAUGGGUCCCCCAAACGGGACAUCAGCAUGCAACACAGUGGGCCCGGGCAGACACCCGGCUCAGGAACUCCCCUGACAGAGAUUCCGGACGACGUGUCAAGGACUACAUCAAGGACCAAUGCCACGGACAUUGUUUCCGACCAGCGGGCUAUGCCUUCGAAGUUGGAUCACGACAACAUUGUCAAUUCCUUCCAACAAGGACUUGCUAACGUGGAACAGAUCAUCAUAUAUGAUACGGACCAUGUGGGUGAGUCUGAUGGUGACGAAGAUGGACAACUUGCCGUGACCUGGCGUCGUCGAGCCGUGUUGAGACGGCUCUGUGACCUCUGCGUGAAUAUCUGCCUCUGCCAGCCGUGCCUGAGAAUUUAG